CUUGGUUAUUAAACUGAUCUAACCUUACCCGAACCUGUUUUUGAGCGUCAAUUGACGUCUAACAGUCCAUGGAAAAGUACCUUAAGCGGUCGGAUGCUCGUGAUUCGUGAUAACUCUAACGAGUGAGUGAGAUUUCGUGAGGAUUCAUAGGUUCGGUGACUUGUGAUUCGGUAGUUAUCGUUGAUUAUCGUCUCGGAACUUGAAAGCGGGCAACGGGAUCUUUCCUUUUGGAUCGCGCGACAAUACAAAUGGUGCGACUGCUGCAUAAUGUAUAUGCCAGACUGUUGAGAUCCUGCGAGAAGGUCUCCUAAAAGAAGCGCCUUUGACGAUUCCGUGCGGGCGCGAAACGCGAGGUUCAAGGGCGAUUCUUGCCAGAAUGGCGGAGAAUCAGAGCAACUUAUCCAGUCAGACCGGUCAAGGUUCUGGCAGAUCUUUUAAUUUUCCGCGAAUGGAUUUUCGAACAAAUAAUGACGUUCAAAAUGAGAUGUCGGAGAGACGAAGACAGCUGAAACUUAGUUUCCAAACGCAAGGCAAUAAUUUGUCAUUUGCCAAUUCUACAAAUUCUUUAUUGUCAAAUUCAACAGGAGCCAUGGCGUGUCCACCAAUAUCCUCUCGUCCAAGUCAGCCUUUACCUCUACCUAAGCUGCCAGUAAGAUCUCGCAAUAUGUUACAGCAGCAAGAAUUUCUUCCUGAUAAGGCAAGAGAAAAACUACGAAUGUGCCAGUCUAUGCAGACUACUGGUAAAUUGCAAUUAUCUUCAGACGUUGUGUAUGAUUUCACAAGCGAGGACCUUCAGGAUCUUGGAGAAAUAGGAAGAGGAGGAUUUGGAACUGUAAAUAAAAUGAUUCAUAGGAUAAGCAAUACCGUUAUGGCUGUGAAGAGAAUUCGCUCUACUGUAGACGAAAGAGAACAAAAGCAAUUGUUAAUGGAUUUGGAAGUUGUGAUGAAAUCGAAUGAAUGCCCGUGUAUUGUGCAAUUUUAUGGCGCUUUAUUUAAAGAGGGAGAUUGUUGGAUUUGCAUGGAACUUAUGGAUACAUCGUUAGAUAAGUUUUACAAGUUCAUCUAUGAGAGAUUAAACGAGAGGAUACCGGAAUGUAUUCUAGGCAAAAUCACAGUUGCCACUGUAAAGGCACUGAAUUACCUCAAAGAGAAACUAAGAAUAAUUCACAGGGAUGUGAAACCUAGUAAUAUUUUAUUGGAUCGUCGAGGUAACAUAAAAUUGUGCGACUUUGGUAUAUCUGGCCAGCUUGUGGACUCGAUUGCAAGGACUCGUGAUGCUGGUUGUAGACCAUAUAUGGCUCCGGAAAGGAUAGACCCUCAACGCGCACGUGGCUAUGACGUACGAAGCGACGUAUGGUCAUUAGGUAUUACGCUGAUGGAGGUUGCUACAGGAUAUUUUCCAUACCCAAAGUGGAACUCUGUCUUUGAACAACUGUAUCAAGUAGUGCAAGGUGAUCCGCCGCGACUUUCCCCCAAUGAGAAUGGCAAUCACUUCACUAUGGAUUUUGUGAACUUUGUGAAUACAUGCUUAAUUAAAGAGGAGACGCAGCGACCGAAGUACAAUAAACUGCUGGAACAUCCGUUCAUCAGACAAGCCGAGGAAGCGACGAUCGAUGUCGCGGCGUACAUCAGUGGUGUUCUGGACAAUAUGGCUAAUAACGGAGUGACACCGUUCACUACUAAUCAACCAUAAGAAUCGGUAAUUAAAGCAGCAAGGUGACUGCAGGGCAUGUCACACAUCAUAAUACAUCGGUUUUUGCAGUUCUCUUCAAACUUUUACCUUCCAAAUACCAUGUAUGAACGGUGUUAUUGCACUCCGAACGAUAUCUCGUAGAUAGCGAAAACCGAUGACUGUUUCGGUCAACAUGCGUCGUCGUCUCACUUAGAAUUUGUAUUCUCGUGGUCAUGGAAUGACCGUGUGCGCAAUAGAAUGACUAUUGAAAAGCGCGCUGGCGAGCUGGCGUUUGUUAAAUUGAAUUACAAUCGGUAUGCACGUACGUUUUUUCUCCUGGUAUUCCGUCUCUCUCCCUUUCCUUCGCUCCCUCCGACUCUUAAACACAUACGCGCGCGCGCGCGCGCUCACACAAUACAAUAUGUAGGUAUACAUCACGCCCUGACAACGUUUUCUUCGGUUCAUGUAAUUCGCGCAAUAACGCGACUUAUUCAAUGAAAUAUUUAUAUUUAUAUUAGAAUUUCUAGCGGAUCAUGCAUAUGCAUGUAUGUAUGCACAUAUUUAUGCGGAUAUGUGUAUAUGAACUUGUAUUUGUACAUGUACAGUGGACUGUAAUUCGUGGUACAAAAAAAAUUGAUUUUUUAUGUAAAGAUAAAUUGAAAAAAAAAUAUUACAUUUUUAUA